CUGCUCCCGCCCGCACAGACCCAUCCACUUGGCAGGCUUCGGGGACCCCUUCCCCGAGAGACGGCACCAUGACCCAGGGAAAGCUCUCCGUGGCUAACAAGGCCCCCGGGACCGAGGGCCAGCAGCAGGCGAACGGUGAGAAGAAGGAGGCUCCAGCAGUGCCGUCGGCUCCGCCCUCCUAUGAGGAGGCCACCUCUGCGGAGGGGCUGAAGGCAGGGGCCUUCCCUGCAGCCCCUGCGGCUGUGCCUCUCCACCCCAGCUGGGCCUAUGUGGACCCCAGCAGCAGCUCGAGCUAUGAGAGCGGUUUCCCCACCGGAGACCAUGAGCUCUUCACCACCUUCAGUUGGGAUGACCAGCAAGUUCGCCGAGUCUUCAUCAGAAAGGUCUAUACUAUCCUGCUGAUCCAGCUGCUGGUGACCGUGAGUGUCGUGGCGCUCUUUACCUUCUGCGACCCCGUUAAGGACUAUAUCCAGGCUAACCCAGGCUGGUACUGGGCAUCCUAUGUUGUAUUCUUUGUGACCUACCUGACCCUGGCCUGCUGUUCUGGACCGAGGUAUGCUGAUGUCGUGCAACGUUUCUGCUUUUCCUUCCAGACCCUGUCCAUGGCCUACCUCACUGGGAUGCUGUCCAGUUACUACAACACCACCUCGGUGCUGGUGUGCCUGACCAUCACCGCCCUGGUCUGCCUCUCCGUCACCGUCUUCAGCUUCCAGACCAAGUUUGACUUCACCUCCUGCCAGGGUGUGCUCUUCGUGCUGCUCAUGACUCUCUUCUUCAGUGGACUCAUCCUGGCCAUCCUCCUGCCCUUUCAAUAUGUGCCCUGGCUCCACGCAGUGUAUGCCGUGCUGGGAGCAGUCGUGUUUACAUUGUUCCUGGCAUUUGACACGCAGUUGCUGAUGGGUAACCGACGCCACACGCUGAGCCCCGAGGAGUAUGUUUUUGGAGCCCUCAACAUUUACCUAGACAUCAUCUACAUCUUCACCUUCUUCCUCCAGAUUUUUGGCACCAGCCGGGAAUGAGGACCUCCUCCCACCACCUCUCCCUUCAGAGAAUGCUCCCUCGCUGGCCCUCUGACCCUCCCUGUGCUCCUGUAAGCCCAGAUAUAAACUAGCUGCCAGCCCGGCCUGUG